CAUGCCGCCAUUUAUUUUAGCUGGUUAUCUAAUCUUUAGUAUGUGAACAUAUCGUAACAUUGAGUUUUGAGUCAAUGCUGUAAUACAACUCUGUUAUUUUUUCGGCCUCGGCAAACCUUUUGACACUCCAUAACUUCAAUGGGUACAUAAGGAGAUAAAGAUGACAACAAAGAAAAUUGAAGAAAUUGGAAAAUUUUAAGACAUUUUAAAAUAUAAAGUUUUAUAAAUAAUUAACUAAUUGUGAGUAUAGAAAAAUGAAUUAACGUCUAUAUCGAAUACCAUUUUAGGUACUCUUUAAGAGGCUAUCUUUGAUUGAAUCUAGAAAGUGCAAAUUAUUAUUUACACAAGGAAAUGGAACCAAAUUCAAUCGACCCUUUCGCAGCAGAAAAUAGCGGAACAGCGCGGUUCGUUGAAAAGCUUAUAGACAAUGGUUUAGCGGGUAAUGGUGGCGCCUGUAGUAGCAGUAGCGCUAGCAUAAACACCACGCACGAAUUUCAAACCAUGAAACCGGGUGUGGGUCAAAAGCCUGGCCAGACCUCAGGCAGAACCGAAAUUCCACAUAGCGAACUGGUUAAAAUGCUUUAUUUCUUGGAAGGCGAGCUUCAGGCACGCGACGUUGUAAUCGCUGCAUUAAGAAACGAACGGGUUAAGCAAUAUAUAACGCAGCUUCGCACAAAACGAGUGCAGUCAAAUGAUCCUUAUGCGGCAAUAUUUCGCGAUAAAAUUGCUCUUGCCGGCAACAUGAUAUCGCGCGAAUCGUCGACACAAGCAGCCCAAGCAGAAAUGGAAGUGCGACAGAUAAUUGAGCAACAAAUGGAGCAACAGUACCAAAUGGUUAGCAAGCAGAGGGCUACGCAUUUGCGAAUGGUAAAUAUACUUACAGAAUCGUUGGAGAAUAAUCAGCGGAUGUUGCAAGAAUUGGAAGAAGAGAAGCGCAAGCACGAGCAUGACACCGCACAAGGAGAUGAUAUUACGUAUGGGUUAGAACUAGAAAGAACAAAACUACGCCAAGAAUUAGAAGAAGAACGUGCUCAGUUAAAAAAAAUGGAAAAGGAAAUGAAAAAACUUCAGGAGACAUUAGACUACGAACGCAAUCGCCAAAAACAGAUUGUAUUAUUGCUAAUAGCCGAACGCAAAAAGAUUUUAAUGAAGUAUAUUGAAGAAGGAAAGCGUUCAGAAGAUUUGGCACAAAUACUAGCGGAAGAAAAACAACGAUCAGAUACUAUUGCCGAGGGUCUCGAAGAAGAGAGUAAAAAGUCUUUGCGUAUGGAGGAAGAGUUAGAAAAACAAUCUGCUGCUUUCGAAAUUGAACGCAAGUCUUUAAAAUUGAAUGUUGGAAAAGAAGAGGCGCGAGUUAAGGAACUGGAGCAAGAAAUAGGGUUACUGCGAACUGAAAAUGAGGCUUUAAAGAAACAACAACAAUUGUUACAGCAAAAUGUGGCAUCAAGUGUAAGCGGCCAACUCGCGGGCGGUGCUAAAACAAGAACUCUCAAUGAUGACGCAUGUGCCACUCCAAUGGUAAACAUAGCGAAAAUUGUGCAGCCAACGGCAACUGUCUCAAGUGUGCCCGUAUCUGGACCCACUACUGGUAUUGCGCGGGCUCCUGGCCAGACAUUGCGCAGCGGUGUAGGAACAGCACUGCCUGCUACAGCAGUGGUACAAUCAGUUGUUGGCCCUGUUCCUCUGUCAACAGUAGCAUUAGCCAGUUCGGGCAAUAUUAUCGGUGAUAGCACAACAGCAGCAGCUGCAAUAUCAGCAGCAAUUACAUCAACUGCUAACAAUUUACCUUCUGGAGCAGUUGGUGGUGGUGUGGCCAUUAUUGCGGGUGCUCCACCAUCGCCUUCUCCUGUGAAAAUGCAGCCAACAGCAACCAUACAGCGGGCCCCAGGAGGAAAAUAUGCAGCUUUGGCUGCAGCUGCUGCUGCCUCUCACUCUCUGGAUCAGCAGGUGACCGCCCCCCAUCCUGUGCCAAUCGCUGUUCCUCCUGUUACAGUGCCACCAGCUGGAGCACGUGGUGCUCCACCACCUAUACCUCCCAAUAAACCGAUAGUACCGCCAAAGCGUGAACCAUCACUUUCUCGGCUAAGUUCCAUUGUCGUGGCUGGGGCCAGUGCAGCUAAUGCUGGUGUAGGUGCAGUUACUUCAGCCAGUGGAGUUGCAAACACAACUUCCAAUGCAAAGUUAAAUUAGAUAACCUAAUUUCUCCCAUGCAGUAUACUGUUUCUUCAUGUAAAACUCGACAUGUAGGAACUUAAAAUCCGAAUUAUAGCUUUCGCGUUCGAACAAAGUUCCGUGAUUAAUUUGUCAUUUCAGCAGUCAAUAAGGCUUAGGUGAUAAUAACCUUUAUUAUAUCCGAUCGCGAACAUAACAAUUCGACCCAGAUAAAAAUUGGACAGUAUAUAAAUCUUAGCCGAUGUAAUAAUACUUUUAACCUGCAGACAAGUUGAAUGGAAUUUUAAAUAAAUCAUUUAACUAUUCUCAACUUUACUAAACGAGGUAUUUACAGAUCCACUCGUUUCUUACACAAGCUUACGAAUAUUUAGUCCUAUAUUACUUCUUUGAUUAUUUACUAACUGCGAAGCAUCUAUGUUGUAUUAGCUUUAUGGACUAAAUAUAACAUAUGUAUAUUAUUAAAGUAUGUACCGAGAAUAAACGAUAGCAUAAUUUAUUUUGUAGGAAAACUAAAUAUUUGCUGUAUAAGUAUGGACAUCUUCUUUUUUGAACAUGCGACUCUGCUAUAUUAUGUAAAACUUAAAAACAAUAGUGGUAUUCACCUCAAUUUGGGCAAGUGGCCUGGCAGUCUGGCAAAAGAGCAGAUCAGCUCAAGCAACGACUGUUGACAACUCUCGUUGCUUGAGUUGGUCUGCUCUUUUGCCAGAGUGCCAGGCCUUUUGCUCAAUUUGGUGUAUACCACUAAUAUUAAAAAAA